UGUGAAGACAGCAAUGAGAGAGGAUGUAUCCGCAUGUCGAUGGAAAUUAAACACGUCAAGUUUUGGCUAAAAGACAACUUAUUCUCCGUCAAUUCUUCCUACGAAUGCAACGUUGAGCUGCAACCACCUCAACAGGUUAUGGGCCCAGGAGUCAUUCGAAGCUUUUUCAUCAGUGAGAGGAGAGGUGCCAGUUGAUAUGGAGCAGGACUCGAAGGUCACGUGGCUUGACGAACGCAGGCUGUUUCUUGUCGGGAAUACAGGAGCGGGCAAGAGUGCGUCUGGAAACACCAUCCUGGGCAGGGAAUGCUUUGUGUCAAAGCAGAGUUUCAGCUCAGUGACCAAGGAAUUGGCUUCUGGAAAAGCUGACCUUGCAGAGGAUCAUGGCCAGAAGAGAAAGGUGAAGGUGCUAGAUAUGCCAGGCUUUGGGGACACUAACCUCACUGAGGAUCAGAUUUAUGAAGAAAUAGCCAAAUGUAUGGAUUCAUUACAGUGUGAACCCCAUGCUUUUCUCUUGGUUGUACCGUUUGGGCGUUUUACAGAAAAUGAAGAGAAGGCUGCCAUCCAUCUGGCCAACCUUUUUGGAGAUGAUGCCGUUAAAUAUUACACAAUAGUUCUUUUUACCAGAGGGGAUCAUCUUGAGAAUACAAAUUUUGAAGAACAACUGAAAAAGGCUCCUCCUGCCCUUAGGGAACUUAUUGAACGGUGUGGGCGCAGGUACCAUGUGUUUAACAAUGAAAAAUCCAGUGACAGGACACAGGUUAAAAAACUCAUGUCAAAGGUGGACCACAUGCUAAAAAUGGUUGGAGGCAGGGUUUACACCAAUUCAAUGUUUCAAAAGGCCAAGAAAGCCUUCAAGGCUAAGACAGGACCCGUCCGCAACGUCCCCGAAGUUGCCUCUACGAUAUGUAGCACUAGUGGUGGUUUAGUUUCAGCAGCUGGACGUUUCGCGAUUUCGCAGGGAUCUGCGGUAGGCGGACCAGUAGCAUUAUGUAUGGGAUUAGCUUUGUUAGCCGCUGGUUCAGGUUUAGCUUUCGGUAGUGCUGUUAAUGAGUUACAUAAAUCACUGAAAAGCCAGAAGUCGCAACAAGAAAGAGAGAAGAACAAGGGGCAGAAAAAAAGAGUUUAAAUUAUGAUUUAAUGUUAGGAGAAUUAAAUCAUAUAUUGUAAUAAUACAAAAUUAAAAACGUAAUAUAACGACAUUAAAAUUGUUUUGUUGCGAGAAACGGAAGUGGUUUGGUUUCAUAGACUUCAACUUUGGUGACGUAAGGUUUACGUGAACACAAAACUGAUUUGGGCAUAAUAAUAGGAGAUUGAAGUAAAAUCGGGAGAAAAAAGUACGAGAUUAAAGUUGUUAUAUUACUUAAUUUUACGUUAUGUGAACCGGAAGUUGUUUGGGGUCCAAGGAUUUCAAUUUUUGUACAGACUGAUUCUGUUGAGGAUGAUCUUCGUGCUUGUUUGUCUUAUAUUCUUGCCAGGAUCUCAGCUCAGUAAACUUUCUCUGCCACCCCCCACCCCAACCAUCAGAUGAUCAUCUUGAGAGGCCUGCAAAACAUUUUCCACUAACAGCUGUGAUGUCACACUAUUGACAAAUUUCAGAAUAAAUAAAAUGAGAAAAUAAUUUAUAUACAAGUACAGAUAACCCACUUCGACCAGAGCACACUCCCCUUUCGACCUAUCCUAUGCACGAAACAGUUCAUAAUACAGUAUUGGAAAAUAAGUGAAGGGCCUGUUUUAGUUUCAAUAACCCAACUUUAGUUAUUUUUUUUCUAUUAAUCACUCUUCUCUUAGCCAUUUUAUGGCUAUAUUAUUGAACAGUGUUUUGUAAUAUGAUAUAUGCUAUAAUACAAUAUAUUUUCAUAUACGAAUUGUCUCUUUUUGUAAUGAAAUGUAUAUUGGCAAAUGUCAAACAAAUUCUGUAAAUUUCAAAACA